UCACCCUUAAAAGUGCUCUUGCUUUGUAGCAAACCUUUUUUGUUUUUCCCUCCAUGUGUGGUGUGGAAUUGUAACCAGUUGUCCGGGGCUGAGGAUUAUUAACAGAAUAACGUGCGGAUAGUAAAAAGAGAAGCAGCUGCUAGCCUGGAUUACUUAAACAUAUCUUCUGUUGACUUUUAAGUCAUGUUUUUUUGUUUCCGCCAAGAGACAAAACUGUAGUGGCUUCGUCUUGGAAUCUUCUCGACGGGCUGUUUUUAGAACCUGAGAAGCAGAUGUGAUUCUUGGGGCUUGAACUUGCACUUGGAAUUCUGUCAUUGUUUUCUUUUGGACAUUUUGAAUUCUACUGCACUAACCCUGAUGGACACUAUUGGAGUUUCUUCUGUCAUUCAUAUUGUCUGACUGUGUCUAGUGUCUAAUUUAACGCGUCAUCCUGAUGCCAUCAGAGUCAUGCCCUCUCACAGGGGCACAGCGGGCGGUGUGCAGGCUCGUGCACCGCGGACCUAGACCUCAGGCCACGCUCAAACCCUUGCACUUGGAAUUACAGGUGUUUGUGGACAAGACACUUAGCAAGCAAAAUCAUAGGAUGGAGGCCUCCUGCUUGGAGCUGGCCUUGGAAGGGGAGCGCCUGUGCAAGGCGGGAGACUUCAAAGGUGGGACGGCCUUCUUUGAGGCGGCCGUACAGGUUGGCACAGAGGACCUAAAGACCCUCAGCGCCAUCUACAGCCAGCUGGGCAACGCCUACUUCUACCUGAAGGAGUAUGGGAAAGCCCUGGAGUACCACAAGCAUGACCUCACUCUGGCCAGGACAAUUGGAGACCGAAUUGGAGAAGGAAAAGCCAGCGGUAACCUUGGCAACACGCUGAAAGUGCUGUGUCGCUUCGACGAGGCCGCUGUCUGCUGUCAGAGACAUUUGGAUAUCUCUCAAGAGCAAGGCGACAAGGUGGGUGAGGCCCGGGCGCUUUACAACAUCGGCAACGUGUUCCAUGCCAAAGGCAAGCAGAAGUUGUGGGGCUGCACCCAGGAGCCAGGAGACCUGCCCACUGAUGUCAGAGACACGCUACAACGGGCGACGAGCUUUUACGAGAUGAAUUUGUGUUUGGUCAAAGAACUGGGAGAUCGCGCUGCUCAGGGCAGAGCGUAUGGAAACCUGGGCAACACGCACUACCUUUUGGGAAACUUUGUGGAAGCCAUCAAGUUCCACAGGCAGAGAUUAUCCAUAGCCAAGGAGUUUGGUGACAAAGCGGCAGAGCGACGAGCCUACAGCAAUUUGGGGAACGCUCUGAUAUUCCUGGGCCAGUUCAACACAGCCACGGACUACUACAGGAAAACUCUGCAGCUGUCACGGCAGCUGAGGGACCAGGUGAUGGAGGCCCAGGCCUGUUACAGCCUUGGAAACACCUACACACUUUUGCAGCAGUACGACAGAGCUAUAGAGUAUCACCUUAAGCACCUGUAUAUUGCUCAGGAUCUCACAGACAGGGUUGGCGAAGGCCGAGCCUGCUGGAGUCUGGGAAACGCCUACGUGUCUUUAGCCAAUCACAAACAAGCACUCCACUACGCCCGGAAACAUCUGGAGAUCUCCAAAGAAAUUGGUGACAGGAAUGGUGAGCUGACAGCCAGGAUGAAUGUGGAGCAGCUGAUGGAGGCGAUGGGUGUCAGUGAGGGUGACCUUUCACCUUCCAGUUCAGAGUUUGAGAUGCAAGGAGCGAGGCCCAAAUUCACAAAGAGGAACAGCAUGGACAGCGUGGAGCUGUGGAAAUUGUCCUCAUAUAAGAACGGCGAGGGCCACGAGGCAGAAAGCAUACCCAGGAGGUCUAAGAGUCAUACGCUACAGACAGGAAAAAGAAAAGGCUAUCCUGACAGCCAGUCGUCUGAUGACAGACCCUGGUUGGACUCUCCUGUGGACGCUGAUGAGAUCACUCUACAAGUCCCGCCUCCGGUGCCAAAACUUGGCCGUGACCCUUCCGAUGAGGACUGCUUUUUCGACCUGCUCAGCAAGUUCCAAAGCAGCCGCAUGGAUGACCAGCGCUGUCGCCUCGAUGAACCACACAACGGUGACGGUCAAGACGGUGGAGACCUGAGUGACAUGAUUGAUGCCUCAGUGACCACCUCCCCCCAGACGGAGGAGCUGUUUGAUUUGAUCGCCAGCUCUCAGAGUCGCCGCCUGGACGACCAGCGCGUCAAUGUGGGGAACCUUCCGGGUCUCAGGAUCACCCAGAACAACCUGGGACACCUGGUGGGGGAGGGAGAGCAGGAGCCCGGCGACGACUUCUUCAACAUGCUCAUCAAAUGCCAGUCCUCUCGGAUCGACGACCAGCGGUGUUCCCCGCCCGAAGCAGGCCCCCACGCCCCCACGGUGCCUGAUGAGGACUUCUUCAGUUUAAUUCAACGGGUGCAGGCCAAGCGCAUGGACGAGCAGCGCGUCCACCUGUCCAACGAUGAACAGGAUAGCACGGGAGAGGAGUCGCCCGAUCUUGAGCCGCCCGGCGGGUUCCCCAGCUAGGGACACGGGUGAAGCAGGGUCCCCCAUCCCAUAAGACGAUAAUAAACGCGUGUCAAGGCAGGCUGCUUGCUAGCAAAAAUGUCCACGUGCAACAGGUGGUACCAUUUCACUCAUAUGUGUAAAUAUAAUGGUGAAACAUGUUGCAUUUUUGCAAUUUCUUAAUCUUAAACUGCCAUCACUCUUAAUAAUAUAACAUGAGAAGUGAUGCCUUAAUCAGCAUUUUCUUUUCCUAGACUCAAGAUUGUACUUGUAGAAGCACACCAACUCUUUACGACUCAUUUGAAUUCCAGCGCUUAAUGAUUUUGCUCUGAAAUCUAAGUGCUGAUUUUUAUGGAAAUUAGUAACACAUUUGAUCAAUUACAUUAUUAGUAUGAUUUUUUUCAGUUUUUAUAUUGUGGGCAACAUGGUGGAUGAGUGCGUCUGCCUCACAGUUACGAGGUUUGAGAUAUGAAUCUCCGCUCUGGACUUCCUGUGUGGGGUUUGCAUGUUCUGCCCAUGCAUGUGUGGGCUUCCUCCCAGAUUACAAAAAAACGUGUGCAUGUGAGGUUCAUUGAAUACUCUAAAUUGUGUGAAUGUGAGUGUGAACACUUGUCUGUAUGAGCCCUGCGAUUGCAUUUUUGUUUUGUUAAAAACAAGUAUACAUGCCAAAUCUUGUUUUGAUUAAUUUUUAAGCAAAAAAAAAAAAAAAAAAAAUGCUUGAAUGAUUGCUUCUUUAUGCAUUCAUACAAGACGUGUUACUAUGUUCACUGACGGUAUUACUGUAGUUAAUACUAUGCAGAGGUGAAAUUUUAAAGCACGUGAUGCUGAGUAUUAACAAUAUAAUGCAAACAAACAAGUGAGGUUACUGAACAAAUAGUACAGUAAGGUAUUUUGAAAGGUGUUUUCCAGGCCACAGUUGACAUGUAUGACAUACUGACCCCAUGUGGUGAAAGCACUGUACCUCUGCAAUUCCAUGUAUUGGGAGUAUUCCUUCUUUUUCUUCCCCUGUCCACAGUAAGAGUAAUACUGUAGUCAUAUUGCACUUGACCCAUGCUGAAACUCUUCAUUUUUGUGAAUUACACAAAGAAGGGCUGUGAGAAGUUUGCAGCGGAAGCGCCAUGACGUAGAGACGAGUCAGUUAAAGAUGUUUGGAAGCGCUCAGUAAUGUCAUAAAGUUUUAAUGGUACAAAAAUGGUAAUAUAAUCCAAUAUUUUCUUUUUUUUAUUAUUAUUUUUUUAAUAUAUAUAUAUAUAUAUAUAUAUAUAUAUAUAUAUACACACAUACAACGGUGGCACAUACCUCAUUUUUGUACCUCAAAAUACAACUAGAGUAAAAAUAAAGCAUUGGGAGCUGCAAUUUCUGUGAUUUAACUUAGUGGGUACGCUUCCAUUUGUCAUUGCCAUAAUUUGUGUAUAUACAGUAUAUAAAUAUAUUUUGUAUUUAUGUUCCAUUUGGGGGAUACCAAUAAGUUUGCCGCGCUUUUAAUAAAAAUGUUUCUGAGGUUUAUUGUGGAUAUGUGCCAGUAAUGCACAUAUUGGUUUUCUGCUUAACUCGACUGUUGACACAAAAUAAAAAUCAAGACAUUGCAUUUA